AUGGAAAAUAAUACGGAUCAUACUGAUUCUAAUAAUUUCAGUCCUUUGUCUGUUCAAGAUGUAGACGUAGAUUUUUUACCGAUUGUUUACGAAAUUAUACGAAGUGUGGAACGUGAUUUUCACGACAACUCUGCCAAAGCACGCGAGUCUCAGGAUUGUAGCCAAAAGGUUUUGGAAUUGCAAAAGAAAUUCGACAUUGCUAGAUCCCAGAUAAAGCGUCUGCCUGGUAUUGACUACAACAAACAAGACCAAAUAAAGCAGUUUGAAAUACUCAGAACACAGUUGCGUCUGAAGCGUGAACUACUACAGAAAUACCGUAAUAUGUGCGCAUUUGAAACAUCAUUCAAGUGA